GUUUACCAUGCCCACCAUCUUAGUUUAGCGUGUUAGCAUGCUAACAUAAGCUAAUUAGCAGCAAACACAAAGAGCAGCGGAGGCUGAUGGGCAGUGACCUUCGAGAUGCUGCAGAGGACCUGAGGGUGCACGAGGGGAGAUAAAAUGAUUCAUCAUCUGUCAUGAAGGUCUUAACCCAUCCUCUGACGUGCUUCAGAGGGCUGGAGUCACUUCAGGGAUGUAAGUGUUGCAGACACAUGUGUUAAAAGACCCAUGCAUGGCCCAGAGUCUGAUGAAUCCCCACGGGGGCUCCAGGGUUACGCUGAGGCAUGUUUUGUUUUCCACUUUGAUUAAAACCUGGAAAAAAAGAUGGUUACCAUGGGAGUUUCACCGGUGGAAUUAAUUAUCGGCACAAAGAGUAUAGGCUCACUUAGCUUCUCCUCAUUUCCUCAUAAACAAGCUGUGCCACAGCGUCUCUCCUCUCAGUUAUACGGAACUCUAACCAGCGUUUUCAUUGUCAGGAAGCCGCAAGAGUUCUCAUCCUUCCAGCAGAAUGCCGAGCCAGCUCGAGGGUGCAAUGGAUGCACUGAUAACGGUUUUCUACAACUACUCUGGACAGGAUGGAGACAAAUACAAGCUCAACAAGGGCGAGUUAAAGGAACUCCUCAACACAGAGCUCAAUGACUUCCUCACGUCUCAGAAGGAUCCGAUGCUCGUGGAGAAAAUCAUGAACGACCUGGACACGAACAAAGACAACGAGGUGGAUUUCAAUGAGUUUGUCGUGUUGGUGGCCGCCCUGACUGUUGCCUGCAAUGACUUCUUCCAAGAGCAGAAGAAGAAAACCAAGUAGAUGUCUUGUGAAAACCAGCUGUAAAUCUUCAAUUGUUUAAAAAUGUCAUGACAUUAAAAAAACAAUACAGUAAA